CUUCAGCGGAGCUCGCUCUCCGGGCCGCUGCCCUGCCGGGGCCAACUAGCUGAAGUCUGGCUGUUUGUCUCUCCUUCGGGGACCCGGCUCUCUCCAAUCAGGUCGGCUCCCCUCUCAGCUCCCUGGUCCCCGGAAACCUCAUCAUGCUGGACGGACUAAAGAUGGAAGAGAACUUUCAGAGCGCGAUCGAGACCUCGGCCUCGUUUUCCUCGCUGCUGGGGAGAGCCGUGAAUCCCAAGUCGGUUUGUGAGGGCUGUCAGCGGGUCAUUUCGGACAGAUUUCUGCUACGACUCAAUGACAGCUUCUGGCAUGAACAGUGUGUUCAGUGCGCCUCUUGCAAAGAGCCCCUGGAGACCACCUGCUUCUACAGAGACAAGAAACUCUACUGUAAAUACGACUAUGAGAAGUUGUUUGCUGUCAAAUGUGGAGGCUGUUUUGAGCCCAUCGCGCCUAAUGAGUUUGUCAUGAGGGCCCAGAAAAGUGUUUACCACCUGAGCUGCUUCUGCUGCUGUGUCUGUGAGCGUCAACUCCAAAAGGGAGAUGAGUUUGUACUGAAAGAAGGACAACUGCUCUGCAAGGGGGACUAUGAGAAGGAGCGAGAAUUGCUCAGUCUGGUGAGCCCGGUGGCUUCAGACUCUGGGAAAAGUGAUGAUGAAGAUAGCCUUUGCAAGGCAGGCCAUGGGGCAGGAAAAGGGGUUUCUGAGGAUGGAAAGGACCACAAACGCCCCAAACGCCCCAGGACUAUACUGACUACGCAGCAGCGGAGAGCAUUCAAGGCCUCAUUUGAAGUGUCCUCUAAGCCAUGCAGGAAGGUAAGAGAGACUUUGGCUGCUGAGACAGGGUUGAGUGUUCGAGUUGUUCAAGUCUGGUUCCAAAAUCAGAGAGCUAAGAUGAAGAAGUUGGCAAGGCGACAGCAGCAGCAACAGCAAGAUCAGCAGAAUACGCAGAGACUGAGUUCAGCUCAGACAAAUGGUGGAGGGAGUACUGGGAUGGACGGGAUCAUGAAUCCCUACACAGCACUGCCAACCCCACAGCAGCUCUUGGCCAUUGAACAAAGCGUGUACAACUCAGAUCCCUUUCGACAAGGGCUCACCCCACCCCAGAUGCCCGGAGACCACAUGCACCCUUAUGGUGCUGAGCCCCUUUUCCAUGACCUAGAUAGUGAUGACACCUCCCUCAGUAACCUGGGUGACUGUUUCCUAGCAACCUCUGAAGCUGGGCCCCUGCAGUCCCGGGUGGGGAACCCCAUCGACCACCUGUACUCCAUGCAGAAUUCUUAUUUCACCUCUUGAGUCCACCCUUAGAGUCCAGUGGCUAGGCUCCCAAGUGAAACAAACAUAUUAAACCAGGGGUCAACUGGCCUUAGUUUGGGAGGUUAGGGAAGAAGUGGGUGGGGGAGGGGCCUUUCUUGGGGAUGUUGCAUAAUAACAAUAUGGUAUAGCCCAGCAUUUCCAAAGACUGAAAUACGUUAUGGAUUGCAUAGUUUCAUGUUUAAAUAAGAGUCAUAGCAUUAGAUAUGAAGACGUGUUUAUCAUUAAGGACAGGGACUUUUAAUAUAGGCAUUCUCAUGCAAAUUAGAUACCUAGAGACUCCUAACAACUUCCCACCAUUUUGGGGAAGCUCUUGUCAAGAGGUGCAUUCGUCCAUCCAUCUAUGCUCCCAUAGACAGAUGGACGUGUGUGUGAGUGUGUGUAACCUUUCAUACUUUAUCAUCAAAGUUUAUUCCUAAUUGUAACAGGCAGCAACUGUACAGCGAAAGUAACUUUAUUUUCAGUGUGAACUCUAUUUAAGGAAAUGCUUGAUGCACUUAAGUUAUAAAAUGAGAUAAUUUACUUUUAUAAACUUUAUUUUUAGUUGGAGGAGACUUGUCGGCCAGGGCAGGAUUGCCAAUUCAUCUAGUCUGGUUUGAGUUUGUUUAGUUCUCAUUGCUAGGGGUUGAGUUCUAAAAAGCGAUUGGUCCUUGCUGACAGGGCCCCCAGUACCUAGUGGCUUAGUUGUCUCAUAACAUUAGUGGGGAGCUCAGAGCCAGGAUGAUUCAUAACAACACUCAGCUGCUGGAUAAUAUUGGGCAAGCCCCUUAACUUCAUUGGGCUGCAGCUUCCUCCAGUGUGGGAUGAGGCUGAUGGAACUUACCUACCUCACCCAGGAGCACUGAAGCUUAAUUCUUAUUGAAAAGCAGAUAAAGAGGGGUGCAAUACCAAUCCGUGCUAUCAUUAUUCAAUAUAGAAGGCUUUCACUACCGUUGGAGUGACAUGAAGAUGCAGGAACAGCUCUGGGAGGAGAGCAGAAUGACUUCUCUUCAGUCUUAGGCAUUUGGGGCAGCAUUGCCCAUCCCGUUUCCAUUUGUAGAUCCUGAGAUGUUAAAGAUGAUAUCUCAGAUGUGGAGGAGGGGGGAUAGCCCUGGAGAUUCUAUUCCUAAACAACAUCCAGUAACUCAAGGAAUCCUCAAGAGGCGAUUGUGUUGGAAGCCAGUGGCAAUAUCCUUUCGAGUCACUUUUCUGACCAUGACUAUAUUCAACUCAAUAGCCAUUGCACAUAAGGAUAUGGUUCCACACCCUACUCCCCAAAUGUGGUGCUAGAGUGGGAGAUUUCUUUGCCAGGAGGCCUCCUGGCAAACCCAAACAGGGAGGUGGGGGCAGUGGGGAAAUCAGACUGGCCUCCAUUUCUCCCAGAGGGAACUGUAAUAGGACUUGGCUUCACUUGUGGGGAAGCAGAAGGACCUUUGGACAUAGUGUCCCCGAGGCCAGAGGAAACACGUCCUCUCUAUUCUAGAUUCUAUGUGGUGUGAUUUUGUGCUGUUGUUUAUAAUUUAUGCAAGCAAAUAAAAAAACAAGCCAAUCUGGUGAAUGAAAAUCACUAAGAUUGUGUAGUUCUCUGCUGGUGACUGUGGGUAAGAAUCAG